GAAGAAGAAGAAGAAGAAGACGAAGAAGAAGAAGAAGACUGUUGUGAUUUAUAAACAUAUGACAGUGGACUGAUGAUCAAGAGUAUGGAUGAUGAUUUCACCUUCUCCUGGUCUCCAUCCUCCCAUUUCAGCUGAGAAUUACUUCUGUGUGUGUGUGCGUGUGUCCGUGUCUCAGUCUUAUUCCCUCCCUGUCCACCAUGUCCCUACAUCCCCUGGCAUUCCAGUUAAAUUCUCUGGUGUGUCUUCACCUCUUCUGCCUGGUGCUCGUCUCUUCCUCCUCAAGACUACCCAAAAAUGUUACGGUUCCAGCCAAACCCCUGAUGCAGCUCAACACAACACAAGCAAACUGCUCCUCUCCAUGUGUCAAUGGAGGUGUUGAGAAAAAUGGAGCUGCUCAGGAGAACAGUGAUGUACAAACCAUCCCACUACUGAAGAAAUUGACCUCUAUCUCAGUGCUAGAAAGGGACCAGUCCCAAUCUUCAUCCAACACUCAAACCUCUGUAGGACAAAAAUCGAAUAAAACUUCAGCCUUCGUAAUUUUACACAACCAAUCUGCAGCUGGAAACAAUCCGUCCACAACCUCACCAUUCAAUCAGCAGCCUGUAUCACCAGACCACCAGCUUCCAUUACCAGAGAUUGACGCUCAGCCUGUAGCCCUUCCUCCCACAGGCUCUCUCUCACAGGCUGCUCACUCUGGAUCCAUUAACUCCACUGGUAGUGCACAGCCUGAGAGGAAUGUAAUCACAGCCAUUGUACUUGUGACUUCUACCGACAUAACAAGGCCUAUGUCUACUACGACAGCAUCUACAACAACAACCGCAAGACAGUCUGCAACAACAAUAUCAAAGUCUGCAACAACCACACAUACAAGUCAGAGUGCAACUAUUAUUACCACAGCCGCCUGUACAAAAAUGACACCCCCAACAUCACUGGCACCGGUUACAAAACAAAAUACUGGAAUGCCCACAAUUAACUCCAUAACUGCUGACAGUGCUAUUACUCCUGACAAUCACAAUAAUUCUGAUACCACGGAAACAAGUGUUGCUGUGGCAGAAGUAGCAGGGGCUGCUCUGACCAGGCAGCUGGUGGAUAAAGCGUCUUUGUUUGCUGUCUUGCUCUUUGGUCUGCUCUUUUUCUUGGUCGCGGUGGCUGUUUUCAUCAUGCAGGCUUACGAGAGCUACAGGAGGAAGGACUACACCCAGGUGGAUUACCUGAUAAAUGGCAUGUACUCAGACUCUGGGGUAUGAGGGUGGAAGAAGCUAAGCACAGCUUGUGGAGGGUGUUUGUUUUUGCACCGGGAGUCAAACAUUUCAGACAGGCUGGUAACACUAGUGUUGUGAAUUCAUAAGGUGAUUCAGUUGUCUGGACCAAAAUCCAAUAGCUAACUGACUUUAAAGCAGCAUUUACUGAUUUGUUCAUCACAAAAUACUUAGUUGUCUUGCCUCUUUUUUGUGAUUGUUUCAAUGUAAAAAGUUUGCCUUUCCAUUUAUUAUGCAGCCAAAAGAUGAGUUACCUGUAUGUAACUCGGUUACUUGGUUCUAUGAAUAAAUGCAGGCUUAAGCACAGGAAAGAAUCUCCUUCACAUUGCUUGUCAGUCGCGCUGUAGUUGUCAGUCGCGCUGUAGUUGGAUCCAAGCUGGGGGUCAGGAGAAACAACAAAAGUUACAGUAAUGUGAUUUUCAGUUCAUUUCAAUUGGUUUAGUCACCUUAAAUAGCUAUUUUUAAAAGCAAAAGCAGACCCUCGGGCCACAGUGGAAUUUAGGAAAUAUCAAUAUUGUGUGCUCUGGGAACUUUUUUAUAUUUCAGAUCAGUUACAUGGCAGCUUUUAUGGAUAAUUCAGCUUAAUUGUGACUUUCUUAUCUAUAUUAAUGUUUUAAAUAUCAAAGUUAUAAGUGGUUUAGAUGAGCUAGAGAAAUGAAUGAAUGUUUACAGCCUCUCCAAAUGAAGCUACUUUGACCUUUGAUUAGAUAGAAAGUUGGCAAACAAGAUUCAACUUGGACUAUUUUUAUUAGAGUAGAAUUAUCCUUCAAAUGUAUGAAAUACCAGUCCAGUGAGUAGCAGAAUGGUUCUAUGAAGGAGAUCAGACCUGAUAUAGCCUGGUGUGUGAAAGCCUGAUUUGUGUGUUUCAGACCAGAAGUUUAUCCAAUGUGGCAUCUGGUUUAGUCAGUUGACCAGAAAGAGAGAGAGACCACCAUGUCAUCUUGGGCAAAUCAUCGAGUUGACAAUAUUGGUAUCGCCUUUCAGAGGGUAAUUAUUGCUUUGGUGAUUUUCUGCUGUGUGCAUGAGCAACUGGAGCUUUGUUAGCUCACUGGGUUUAAGUCAGUAGCUGCUUUAGUUGGUGAUAAUGUUAAGGAGGAAGGUCACAAACAAAAAAGGCUCCUAUUUUUAUCAAUUAAACUUUUCUUUUACAAACUUCAUUUGUGAUUUCAAAAUAGUUCACAUCAGGCAGAGCAGCAAUAAUGGCCAUUACAAAACCAGAAGUGCAGUAUAUCCCUCAGAUGUUUUCAAAACUUGUUGCAUCCUUUACUCGUUUUUCAUAAAAAAAUCAAAUGAUAACGCAACUCCAGUACUAACAAUUUCGAAAUGUGUUUAAUUAAAAGGAUUGUUCACCCAGAAAUGAAUAUUAACAUCUACUCACCCUAUGCCUAUGGAAUUAACUCGAUGUCAAUGACCACACAAGCAGUAUGUAGGCAUGCAGUGAUUUUUCUGUUUUAUUACAUUUGAAGGACUCACCAUUUACUUCAGUUGUUUUGGAUUCUGCUCUAAUAAAGUUUACCCCUGAGACUCAAGAAGGGUUUUGUAGACUCAAACACUCUACCCAACCCUCUAUUUGCGUAGCGGUGAGUAGAUAAUGAGUGCAUUUUCAUUUUUGCGAUGAACUAUCCUCUUAAGUUAGUUAGUUUUAUUGAAAAUUAAAAAGAAAUUCCAAUCCAGGCUCCAGCACUAUGAAGGUAGGAUUUUGAGAAGCAACAUUUUGUUACCUGGUUGUUGUUGGACAGAAAUAACUCAAGUGUUAACAGCGUCAUGUAUCUGAAACUUGUCCAACUGUGGUUAACAACUAAGAAAACUAUUUCCCAAACACUGUACUGUACUUUGAAUUACAUUUAAGUCCAAAAGCUUUCAUUAAUGGACUGACAUUUCAGUCAUUUUCUGUAAAUAUUGUUAAUUUAGCAAAUUAUUUCUUUGCACUGAAUCACGGGAAGGGGACCAUACCAGAGAGUUGAAUUCAAUAGUGGUCCUCGCAAAAGUCAUGCAUUAUUAUCUGCAUCUUUGUCAUCUUUAUCCUGGUUUUUCAAACCUGUAUGGAUUAUUUUCGUCAUCUGUCUCCUGGUAGCCUCUCUUGAUUGCUGUUUCCGACAUUUAAUGAUUAACUUAUUGUCUGUAUGUGUUGAAAUUGUUAUAGUUAUGAACAUGAUGUAAUAUUAUGAUUAUGGACAGAUUUCUUAAUCUGUCAUUAACCGCAAUAAUUUCUCAGUGUUUUAACCAGAAAUUGGUGACUUCACAGAAGUCUGUGUCUACGCUGCAUAAUUAAAUGCCUUUAUUACUUUGCCAAAUAUUUUCUGAAGCACAUUACUGUAUGACAAAGCCAAGUCAAACAUAAAGCCAUUGUCAGAUUGUAUCUGAAUGAAAGGAAGAUGCAUUCAUUGAUCUAAAAGCUCAUGCAGCAGUUGAGCUUAAAUUAAGUUUUUAAAAAUGUAUUUCUGUAAUAUACAUUGUAAUAAAAAUUAUAUUUGGCCUGUA